AUGCAGGCACGAGGAGACCCAGCGAUCAAGCUUGUGCUGCUAGGAAAUGGGUCCGUGGGCAAAUCCAGUCUCAUCGCUCGGUUCGUGGACGAUGGCUUCGCUCGCGUGUACAAGCAGACCAUCGGACUCGAUUUCUUCGAGAAGAAGCUGCAGCUACCACGUGACCAACGAAUUGUGCUGCAGGUGUGGGAUAUUGGAGGCCAGACGAUCAACAGUAAGAUGCUGAGCAAGUAUCUCUUCGGUGUGCAUGUGGCGCUGUUGUGUUAUGAUGUGACGGACGCUCAGUCUUUCAGUGACGUCGAGGACUGGCUGCGAGUAGCGCGCGAGAACGGUAGCAAGCAGAUGAAUCUGUACCUCGUGGGUAACAAGACGGACCUUGUCGCUCAUCGCGUCAUCUCGAACGAGAAGCAUGAGGCUUUCAUUCGACAGCAUACACUACUCGGUGGUUUCCUUAUGUCAGCGCAGAGUGGAGACAAUGUCCUGAAGACCGUGUACCGCAUCUCGGCAGCUGCAGCGAACAUCCCCGUAUCCGAGUUCGAGCUCUCCUUCUGCGAUAAAGUAGUACGUGCAGUGAUACCCGGCGCGAGCAAUGGAGAGCAGGGGGACCAGGAGGCUCGUACAGCGAUGGCCGAUGAAAUCGAGGCCGAAGACAGAGCCAACGAAGCGCGAAAGACUCGGAACACGCAACGCUGUUGCCUCAUCAUGUAA